UUGCCCUGGAAUUAAUAAAUAGCACGCUGUUUUGUUAUUAACUGAAUUUUAAAUAAUUUAAGCGAAAUGGUGGAGCUGAAGAUGGGCGAUCACAAUGUGGAAGCCUCCGCCUGGGAGCCGGGCGACAGCAAGGACUGGUCGAUGCCCAUUAAGCCGCUGGCGGAGAAGUGGAAACUGGUGCCGGCAUUCCUGCAAGUGAAGGGACUGGUGAAGCAGCACAUCGAUUCGUUCAAUCACUUCAUCAACGUGGACAUCAAGAAGAUUGUGAAGGCCAACGAGCUGGUGACCAGCGGAGCGGAUCCCCUGUUCUACCUGAAGUACCUGGACGUGCGGGUGGGCAAGCCGGACAUCGACGAGGGCUUCAACAUCACCAAGGCGACCACGCCGCACGAAUGCCGCCUGAGGGACACCACGUACUCGGCGCCCAUCACCGUGGACAUCGAGUACACGCGGGGCACGCAGCGGAUCAAGCGGAACAACCUGCUCAUCGGCAGGAUGCCCCUCAUGCUGCGCUGCUCCAAUUGCGCCCUCACCGGGAAGUCGGAGUUCGAGCUGUCCAAGCUGAACGAGUGUCCACUGGAUCCCGGUGGCUACUUUGUGGUGCGCGGCCAGGAGAAGGUCAUCCUGAUCCAGGAGCAGCUGUCCUGGAACAAGAUGCUCACCGAGGACUUCAACGGGGUGGUGCAGUGCCAAGUGACCUCCUCCACGCAUGAAAAGAAGUCGCGCACUCUGGUGGUGAGCAAGCAUGGAAAGUACUACCUCAAGCACAACUCCAUGACGGACGACAUACCCAUUGUGGUGAUCUUCAAGGCCCUGGGCGUGGUUUCCGAUCAGGAAAUCCAGUCGCUUAUUGGCAUAGACAGCAAGUCGCAGAAUAGGUUCGGUGCCUCCCUUCUGGAUGCCUAUAAUCUGAAGGUCUUCACCCAGCAAAGGGCAUUGGAGUACAUGGGUUCAAAACUGGUGGUCAAGCGCUUCCAAAGUGCCACCACAAAAACGCCCUCGGAGGAGGCCCGCGAGCUGCUGCUGACCACCAUUCUGGCGCACGUUCCCGUGGACAACUUCAACUUCCAAAUGAAGGCCAUCUACGUGUCCAUGAUGGUGCGUCGUGUGAUGGCCGCCGAGCUGGACAAGACGCUCUUCGACGAUCGCGAUUACUACGGCAACAAGCGACUGGAGCUGGCUGGCUCCCUGCUCUCCAUGAUGUUCGAGGAUCUGUUCAAGCGCAUGAACUGGGAGCUAAAGACCAUUGCGGACAAGAAUAUACCCAAGGUGAAGGCGGCGCAGUUCGAUGUGGUGAAGCACAUGAGGGCGGCGCAGAUAACGGCGGGCUUGGAGUCGGCCAUUAGUUCCGGAAACUGGACCAUCAAGCGAUUCAAGAUGGAAAGAGCUGGCGUAACGCAGGUGCUGUCCCGCCUGAGCUAUAUAUCCGCCCUGGGCAUGAUGACGCGAGUGAACUCGCAGUUUGAGAAGACGCGAAAGGUGUCCGGUCCGCGAUCCCUGCAGCCCAGUCAGUGGGGCAUGCUGUGUCCCUCGGACACGCCCGAAGGCGAGGCCUGUGGGCUGGUCAAAAAUCUUGCUUUAAUGACCCAUAUUACCACCGAAGUGGAGGAGCGACCCGUGAUGAUAGUGGCCUUCAAUGCGGGCGUGGAGGAUAUUCGAGAAGUGAGCGGCAAUCCCAUCAAUAAUCCGAAUGUCUUUCUGGUCUUCAUCAAUGGUAACGUCCUGGGACUCACCCUGAACCACAAACACCUGGUGCGAAACCUGCGCUACAUGCGCCGGAAGGGUCGAAUGGGCAGCUAUGUGUCCGUGCACACGUCCUACACCCAGCGAUGCAUCUACAUCCACACGGACGGCGGUCGUUUGUGCCGCCCCUACGUAAUUGUGGAGAAGCAACGUCCGCUGGUGAAGCAGCAUCACCUGGAUGAGCUCAACCGGGGAAUCCGCAAGUUCGACGACUUUCUGUUGGACGGACUGAUCGAGUAUUUGGAUGUGAACGAGGAGAACGAUUCGUUUAUCGCAUGGAACGAGCAGCAAAUCGAGGAGCGCACCACGCACCUGGAAAUCGAACCCUUUACUUUGCUGGGAGUGUGUGCGGGCCUGGUGCCCUAUCCGCAUCACAACCAGAGUCCCAGGAACACCUAUCAAUGUGCUAUGGGCAAACAGGCGAUGGGAAUGAUUGGCUACAACCAAAAGAACCGCAUCGACUCGCUCAUGUACAACCUGGUGUAUCCGCACGCUCCCAUGGUGAAAUCCAAGACCAUUGAGCUCACCAAUUUCGACAAGCUGCCAGCAGGUCAAAAUGCCACGGUGGCCGUGAUGAGUUACUCCGGUUACGAUAUCGAAGAUGCCUUAAUUCUGAACAAGGCCUCCAUAGAUCGCGGCUAUGGACGCUGCCUGGUCUACAAGAACUCAAAGUGCACGGUGAAACGCUAUGCGAAUCAGACCUUCGACAGGAUCAUGGGUCCCAUGAAAGAUGCGCUCACGAACAAGGUGAUCUUCAAGCACGACGUCCUGGACACCGACGGCAUUGUGGCCCCCGGUGAGCAGGUUCAAAACAAACAAAUCAUGAUCAACAAGGAGAUGCCCGCGGUGACUUCGAUGAAUCCGCUUCAGGGACAAUCCGCGCAGGUUCCCUACACCGCAGUGCCCAUAAGUUAUAAAGGGCCAGAGCCCAGUUAUAUCGAGCGGGUGAUGGUCUCCGCCAAUGCCGAGGAGGACUUCCUGAUCAAGAUCCUGCUGCGCCAGACGCGCAUUCCCGAGAUCGGAGACAAGUUCAGCUCGCGGCACGGCCAAAAGGGAGUGACGGGCUUGAUUGUUGAGCAGGAGGACAUGCCCUUCAAUGACUUUGGCAUCUGCCCGGACAUGAUUAUGAACCCCCAUGGCUUCCCCUCUCGUAUGACAGUGGGUAAGACACUGGAGCUGCUCGGCGGAAAGGCUGGUCUCCUGGAAGGCAAGUUUCACUAUGGCACUGCCUUUGGCGGGUCCAAAGUGGAGGACAUCCAGGCGGAACUGGAGCGCCACGGUUUCAACUACGUGGGCAAGGACUUUUUCUACUCCGGCAUCACUGGAACGCCACUGGAGGCGUACAUCUAUUCGGGUCCGGUGUACUACCAGAAACUGAAGCACAUGGUGCAGGAUAAAAUGCACGCCCGUGCCCGAGGGCCCAAGGCGGUGCUCACCCGUCAGCCCACGCAGGGCAGGAGUCGCGAGGGUGGCCUUCGGUUGGGUGAAAUGGAGCGGGAUUGCCUCAUUUCCUACGGCGCUAGCAUGCUGAUCAUGGAGCGUCUGAUGAUCUCGUCGGAUGCCUUCGAGGUGGAUGUUUGCAGGACCUGCGGCCGGUUGGCCUACUGCUCCUGGUGCCAUUUCUGCCAGUCCUCGGCCAAUGUAUCCAAGAUAUCCAUGCCGUAUGCCUGCAAGUUGCUCUUCCAGGAGUUGACCAGCAUGAAUGUGGUGCCGAAAAUGAUUCUGGAAAACUAUUAAUGAGAUUGAUUUGCCUGAAACCGAAUAAAAAGUUUAUUAUUUUUUAGA